CAACCAUUAUGCUAGCUUAGGCUCUCUUUCUCACUCUCGCUCGAAAAAUUCAUUCAAUUUCAAAAUUUUGGGAAACCCCUCCCAAAAUGGACACACCGUCGUCAUCUCAAACGGCCACCGCCGCUGACGAUUGGGAGCUCUGCAACGACGACGGAUUCAUAUACAAGCGCAAGAAGCGCCGCCUCUUUCUCACAGAACCGGCACAGGCAGCCGUGGAUCCCGAGGAAGAGGAGAAACGAAGGAAAGAGUGGAAGAGGAAAAGUCUUCUCAGAGUAAAGGAGAAGUACAAGAGAGAGAUCGAAGAGUGGGAGACUUUGUCGAAAGCAUUGAACGCAAUGCGAGAGAGGGCUUUAGGAUUCCAAAUUCAACAGCAAGAAAGGAGGAAACUAAGGGAGACCGAAGAGGGGAGAAGAACGACGUCGUCUUUAGAUUCGGAGAAGAAAGAUAAGGAUAACGUUUGUUCUUUGGUUGAUGAGCUUCUUUUGCAGGCAGAAGCUCAAGAAAUGGUAAUUCGUGAUGUUUUGAAUCUGUGUGACAUAGCGGAAGCAAUGUGUAAUCAGCAAGAGGAGCAAUUCAAGCAAUCUUAUUUUGAUCUUCCAAUUUGGGCAUCGCCGCGUGACCUAAUGGCUUCGCUUUGUGAUGAGUAAGUAUCUUUUAGUAAAUGUGUAUGUUCUUGGUUGUAAGGAGGAACAAAAUUGAACCUAGGGUGGAAACUCGUGCUGUAAUUUAUGUAACUUGUAAUGUUGAUAGAUAGUUAUGCUGUUAACAAUUGAAGCAAUCCUAUUUUCAUAUUUUGAUUGGCAUUGUUUUGUGGUGAGUGAUUAUCUUUCACGAUAGGUGUAUGUACACAAAUGAACCUUGUGUGGAACGCUUGAUGUAGUUUAUGUAGAACUUGUAAUGUUGAUCGAUAGUAAUGUUCUACUA